CUCAGAAGCUCCCUGCACCCAUGGGGCCCUCUCAGCUGGCACGGGCCCCCAGGCCCCGGGGCCUGAGUUUCCCUUACCGCAGGCCAGGCAUGGGCUGGCCCCGGCCCCGGUUUCCCAGGAUGUUCAAGUGUAGCCGGAGAAGGUACCGGCAGAAAUUUCAAAGCUCGGCUGCCACCAGUCUCAACACUGUGUCCACAGAUGUCAACACCACACAUACUGCCACCACCAGCGUGUGGAUCCUCCCACCACAAGGAACUCUUAAGGGACAGACUGCCAAAUGCCACCCCAAAAGUUCUCAGGUACCUCUGUCAACCGGGGGGCUUUCUGAUCCUCUAGAAAAGCCCAGAAGCUGACCCAGAAGUUUGGCUCUCUCUGGACCUGUCUUCGAGGGGGGCUGUGGAGGUGGUGAACCCCAAAUACAAUCAUUCUGCUCAAA